GUUAAGAAAUUCUGCACCCGUACAAUGGUUAAUGUAACUUAAAAACUCCAUCGGAAAGUUCUGAAAUGUGAAGCGAAAUGGAAACUGUUGUUUCUGUCCUUGCACAUUAUCCUGGCAGUGCACGACGAUACGAUGUUGCUGAUUCCGUUACUGCUCUACACAUGAGCGCAGGGUGAUAUGAAUUCCGUGGCAAUAAUCAUGCCAUUACGCGAUCAUCGACAGCAUGACAAAAUCGCCAAGGGAAGAUUAUUCGACGCUGGCGUACGGUCGAGAAUAGACAGUGUUUCGUCGGCGCGUUGUUCUAGUGGAGGUGAUUAUCGCUGAGAUUUGAAACGAAUUUUCUUUUUCGGUUUGGAAGUUGAACGCUGAUUGUUCGGAGAAGAUUUCAUUAGACAACAGUGAACAGACGAAAACCAACGUCCAUGGAAGGCUUCGGGGGGAAGAUGAUUGUAUUUAGUGUGCUUUUGUUCAGUAUUAUAUGGUGUAUUAGUGAGUGCAAUGAUAUCAUCAUUUCGAAUGGCAACAAAGAAACAUCGCUUCCGGCGAAGAAUACCGUAAUGGCCGUAUUCAGCCCAAUGACCAAAUCUCCCGGGCCGUGCCGGUUCCUUUCCGGGACCCGUCGGCAGAACCACCAAUGUCGCCGUGACGUAGGCCUUCCGGAUGCCAUCAAGGAAGCCCGCCGGCUCGCAGUCACCCACUGCGAGGAACAGUUUCGCUAUGACCGUUGGAACUGUUCUAUCGAAACACGAGGAAAGCGAAACAUAUUCAAGAAGGUGUAUCGCGAAACGGCGUUCGUGCACGCGUUGACGGCGGCGGCCAUCACCUAUUCGGUGGCACGUGCCUGCGCCGAAGGGAAGAUGUCCAAGUGUCAGUGUGCGUCAGAGAAAAGGCCGGAAGCGACACGGCUGGCGUGGAAAUGGGGCGGCUGCAGCGAUAACAUAAAGCACGGCAAACGAGUGACGAGAAACUUUCUGGAGCUCCAGCCGGCGGACGGUGAUCCGGUGGCGGAGAUGCUGCGGCAUGAUAGUGAAGUUGGCAUCCAGGCCGUAACGUCCACUAUGAAUGAUCGCUGCAAGUGUCACGGAGUGUCAGGCUCGUGCUCGCUCAAGACCUGUUGGAGAAAAUUGGGGGAUUUCAAUGCCACGGCAGCCUCGCUCAGAUUCAAAUACCAUCAUGCCAUUCGGAAGAUUCCGAUCAACAAUAAGACAUCGAGAAGAGCAAUUCCCAAGGAGUUGAGAGAUAGGGAUGCAUCGUACGACCAACUGUACUACUUUGAGACGUCGCCCACAUUCUGCUCCGUAACGCGUGGUCGUCGUUGUCUACAUCCGGACAAUUGUGCCACUCUGUGCUGUGGCCGUGGCUACACGACCAAGGUGAUCAAAACCAUCGAAAAGUGUCGCUGCCGAUUCACAAACGGACGCUGCUGUCAAAUAGUGUGUGAUUACUGCGAGAAAUACGAAGAUCGAUAUUACUGUAAAUAAGACACCAACAUCCAAAUCAUGACAUGUUUACAAUUUUUAAUAACUCCAUACUAAUUAUUAUCAAUCUAUUUAUUACAACUAGCGCAUAAGGAUCGAGAGUAAUGAAUGUAGGAAAGGAAAAAAGUAGUCAUUUUGUGAACGUUUCAUUUGAACUUGCACAAAGAAAUUUCAAUGUCACAUUUUCAUGUACUAGGUUGCAAUCUCAUGAAUUCAUUGCUAAUAUUACAAAAAAAUCCAACAAAUUCAAUCUAUUCGUGUAUGUUGAAGUGUUAACUUAUACAAUAAACGUGUACCUAGAGCUAGAGUAGAUGCGCUGUACUUGAAUUUUGCUUUCCUUAGGGUUAAGACGCGACUUAGAAUUAAUGCACACGAUGAUUGUAACAAACUUUAUGUCCUACUCUUUGAAGCCAAUAAAUUUCCAUGUCUGUAGAUAGAA